GAAUGGAAUUAGAAACUCGGCUGAUUUUCAAGGCAGUUGGAUUUUUCUCCUUAAUCACCAUUGGAGUUCCCAGUAAUGUAAUCAUUCUGACCAUCUUUGUCCACAUUAGAAGCACUGAGAAAAAGUUACUGCCUUCCAAUGCCAUCUUGUCCAUGCUUGCAUUGGUGAAUCUGUUAGUCAUCAUCUCAAAAGGUCUUCCGCAGGCCAUUCAUUCCAUAGGGAUACGAAACAUUUUCAACGAUAUUGAAUGCAAAAUAUUUUCUUUUAUGUAUAGAAUCUGUCGGGGUAUGACAAUUUGUGUCACAAGCUUGCUGAGCUGCAAUCAAUGUAUCAUACUAGCCCCACCAUCAAAAACAUGGCUUUCUUUCAAGCAAAAGAUCCCACGCAACUUACCAUGGAUAAUGCUAUUUCUGUGGUGUAUCAAUAUAGCAAUUUACCCAUCAUGCUUGUUACAUGUCCGUGCCAUAGGUAAUUACACCACUUCUAAGUAUACAUUGCAUUUAGAGUUCUGCAACCAUGAUUUUAUGACUUUUGAAUCCUAUGUUGCUAAUGGAAUUGCUAUAGCCCUUCGUGAUUUCUUUUUUGUAGGUUCCAUGACACUGGCCAGUUGCUACAUUGUAUUCACAUUACAUAGACAUGGAAAACAAGUCCAGGGUAUGCGCAGUUCUGACAAAAACCCAGGGAAGAGUGUUGAAUACAAGGCUUCCCAAGCCGUAGUGCUUCUGGUCACCAUUUAUGUGGCACUCUUUGGACUAGAUAGUUGUAUUUGGAUUUAUACCUUAACAGUCUCGAGAGUAUCUCCUGCUAUUUCGGAUGCCCGUGUUUUCUUUGGUACCCUGUAUGCUGCCCUCAGUCCCAUAGUAAUCAUGAAGACUAACAAAAGAAUCAAGACAGUGUUAGUGUGUGGAACCACAAAUAGGAUACAGGCUACAGAUUCAACCAUGACAGAUACUACAGAGUAA